AUGGACUGGCGGUUUCUACGGAUCCUGGUCGUCCUGGGCGUCCAGGCAGGCCUGCUGUCGGAGGGAGUCGCCGGCCAGGAUUGCGCGAACAGCGUGUCAGUCAACUACCAGCCGCUGGCGGUGCUGUGCGGAGGAGUCACAUACAGCCUGACGGGAGCCUACACAUCCACAGGGUGCUUCAGCAGCGCGCAGUACCUCACCACGACCGUCACCGUCACGGGCACGGUGACGGCCACCAUCACCCAGCUGCCGAGCGGCACGAACCCCGGGCUGGUCGUCGUGCAGCAGCCGGCCACCAGCUCGGCAUCCACCAGCAUCGGCACGUGCCAGGUGCCCAGCCAGGUCUCCGGCUUCAGCCUCUACGGGUGCGCCGUCUCGUCGCUCGGCUUCCCGGGCUUCACGCCGGUCGCCUCCGACCCGGCCAUGACCCUGGCCAAGUGCGCCGCCAUAUGCACGUCCCGCUUCAUGGGCGUCUACGGCAGCGUCUGCCUGUGCGCGAGCCAGCUGCCUUCGGGCCUGCAGCUCGCCUCGCCGGCCCUGUGCCAGAGCGUCAGCGCGCCGUGCCCCGGAAACAGCGCGCAGUGCUGCGGCGGACAGCUGCUCUUGAAGCGGUCCCUCGGCGCCGCCGCCAAGCGCCAGGCCGCCCAGAGCAUCGCCUUCUCGCUCUACGAGCAGGACGACGAUGCCGGAAGCAGCUCCGUGGCCGGCACGACGUCGUCCAUCCCCAUCGUCACGGGCAGCCUGCCGGCCAGCCAGAGCACCUCGAGCCCGCCCUUCAGCGGGUCGCUGCCGGCGGGCACAACCUUCACCAUCCCGGCCAGCGGCACCAACCCGGCCACCGUGGUCGUCGUCACUCCUACCCCGACCACCUUGGCCACGUCGGUCCAGACGUCCAACAGCUCCGCCUCUGGUCUCAACAGCACCGCUGUAGCUGGCACCACUCUCACCAUUCCGGCCAGCGGCACGAACCCGGCCACCGUGAUCGUCAUCACGCCUACCAUGACCGGCCUGGCUACAGGAACGUCGUCCAUGUCCAUGUCUUUGAACAGCUCCGCCUUGGCCUUUACCACUGUCACCAUUCCCGCUAGCGGCACGAACCCGGCCACCGUGGUGACUCUGACGCCGUCGCAAACCAGCCUCGCGGCAGGAACGUCGUCCAUGUCCCCCAGCAGCUCUGCCUUGGCUCCCACCACCCUGACCAUUCCUGCCAGCGGCACGAACCCGGCUACCGUGGUGACCCUGACGCCGUCGCAAACCAGCCUCGCGGCAGGAACGUCGUCCAUGUCCCCCAGCAGCUCCGCCUUGGCCUUUACCACUGUCACCAUUCCCGCCAGCGGCACGAACCCGGCCACCGUGGUGACUCUGACGCCGUCGCAAACCAGCCUCGCGGCAGGAACGUCGUCCACGUCCCCCAGCAGCUCUGCCUUGCCUCCCACCAUCCUGACCAUUUCUGCCAGCGGCACAAAUCCGGCCACCGUGGUGACCCUGACGCCGUCGCAAACCAGCCUCGCGGCAGGAACGUCGUCCAUGGUCCCCAGCAGCUCUGCCUUGCCUCCCACCACCCUGACCAUUUCUGCCAGCGGCACAAAUCCGGCCACCGUGGUGACCCUGACGCCGUCGCAAACCAGCCUCGCGGCAGGAACGUCGUCCAUGUCCCCCAGCAGCUCCGCCUUGCCUCCCACCACCCUGACCAUUUCUGCCAGCGGCACAAACCCGGCCACCGUGGUGACCCUGACGCCGUCGCAAACCAGCCUCGCCGCUGGAACGCAGUCGUCGAGCAGCUCCGUGGGAGCCGCCACCACCACCAGCGUUUCUGUCGGCGUAAGCUCCGUCAGCCCCGUGUCGGUCGGAGGAUCCUCGACAUCGGAUAGCUCUGCCAUGGGCCAUACCACUGUCACGAUUCCAGCCAGCGGCACGAACCCGGCGAGCGUAGUCACCAUAUCCACUCCAGCAACCAGCUCUGAUACCGCAACACAGACGUCCGGCGGCUCCACCAUGGCACCCACGACCAUCACCUUCUCCGCCAGCGGCACCAAUUCGGGCAGCGCCGUCGUCAUCUCAAGUCCAGCAUCCAGUUCUGAUACGGCAACACAGUCAUCUGGCGGCUCUGUCGCAUCUCCCACCGUCAUCACCAUUCCUGUCAGCAUAAACACCGUCAGCCCCAUCUUGAUCGGAGGAUCCUCGACAUCGGAUAGCUCUGCCAUGAGCAGCUCUCUCACGGUGUCGCAGCCAUCUAGUGGUUCCACGGCACAAGCGACGCUUACCAUCCCCCCCGCCGGCACAAGUUCCGGGAGCCUAGUGAUCGUCUCAUCCUCGGCAACCGAUUCUGCGACGGCAACACAGCCCGUUACCAGCAGCUCAUCCGCAGCUCCAUCGCUCAUCACCAUUCCCUCCAACGGCACGAACCCGGCUAGCGUGGUGACCGUCACGCCGCCGCCAAUCAGCCUGGUCACAGUGCUCCAGGGAUUCACGGGCCUACUCACGAUUCCUACCACCAUUACCAUCCCUCCGAUCGGCACAGAGCUGGGGAGCAUCAUCAUUAUCACGCCCCCGGCGUCAAUCCCCAACCCCAUCACCAUACUGCAGCCUUUCAGCGGCUCCCUCACGAUUCCCACCACUAUCACUAUUCUCCCCACUGGGAUCGACCCUGGGAGCAUUAUCAUUGUCACGCCGCCCGCAACCAUAAGUCCAGUGACAGUAGGCUCAGUCACGGUAGGACCAGUCACCGUGAUCCAGCCGUUCAGUGGGCUAUUUACGGUUCCCACUACCAUCACCAUUCCGGCAACUGGCACAGACCUCGGAAGCAUAGUCAUCAUCACGCCCCCUGCUACCAUCUCCGACCUGGUGACUAUACUGCAGCCGUUCAGCGGCUUACUUACCGUUCCUACUACUAUUACAAUCCCAGCAACUGGCACCGAGCCUGGCAGUAUACUCAUCAUAACGCCACCGGUAACAGUAAGUUCUGUAUCAGUAGGCUCAGUCUCGCUAGGCCCAGUCACCGUGAUCCAGCCGUUCAGUGGGCUGUUCACCGUUCCUACUACCAUUACCAUUCCGGCAACUGGCACAGAGCUCGGAAGCAUAGUCAUUAUCACGCCCCCUGCUACCAUCUCCGACCUGGUGACUGUGCUGCAGCCGUUCAGCGGCUUACUUACCGUUCCUACUACUAUUACAAUCCCAGCAUCCGGCACAGUGCCUGGUAGUAUACUUAUCAUAACGCCCCCGGCUUCCAUCCCUAACCCCGUCACAAUACUGCAGUCAUUUAGCGGCCUUUUUACCGUUCCGACCACCAUCACCAUCCCGGCCAGCGGCACAGUGCCUGCAAGCAUACUUAUCAUAACGCCCCCGGCUUCUAUCCCCACCAACCUCGUCACCUUGUUCCAGCCAAUCAACUCCCUAUAUCCAGUUCCUACUACUAUUACCAUUCCAGGAAUCGGCCCAUUGCCUGGAAGUAUACUCGUUAUAACCCCCCCGGCUUCUGUCCCUAACCCUGUCACGUUAUUCCAGGGAUUUACUGGCACCCUGACGGUUCCUACUACCAUCACCAUCCCGGCCGUCGGCACAGAUGCCGAGAGUAUAAUUAUCAUAACGCCCCCAGCUUCCAUCCCUAACCCCGUCACACUAUUACAGGGAUUUAGUGGCAACCUGACGGUUCCUACUACCAUCACCAUCCCGGCCGUCGGCACAGAUGCCCAGAGUAUAAUUAUCAUAACGCCCCCGGCUUCCGUCCCCAACCCCGUCACACUAUUCCAGGGAUUUAGUGGCUCACUGACGAUUCCUACGACUAUUACAAUCCCGGCCAUCGGUACAAUUGCCCCGAGUAUAAUUAUCAUAACCCCCCCGGCUUCUGUCCCCAACCCUGUCACGUUAUUCCAGGGAUUUACUGGCACCCUGACGGUUCCUACUACCAUCACCAUCCCGGCCGUCGGCACAGAUGCCCAGAGUAUAGUUAUCAUAACGCCCCCGCCUAACCCAGUCACGGUAUUCCAGGGAUAUAAUGGCACCCUGACGGUUCCUACUACCAUCACCAUCCCGGCCGUCGGCACAGAUGCCCAGAGUAUAGUUAUCAUAACGCCCCCGCCGAUCCCAGUCACGGUAUUCCAGGGAUAUAAUGGCACCCUCACCGUUCCCACAACUAUUACUAUUCCGGCCGUCGGCACAGACGCCGAGAGUAUCAUUAUUGUGACACCUCCGGCAGCAACCAACUAUAUAACGAUAACGACAUCGGUCGAUGGUAAUAACCCCAACCCGGGCCUCUAUACAUUAGCGGCUCCUUCUGGUGCUUCUCCCGGUACCGUCCUUCUUGUGAAUUAA